UAAGGGAUAGCAUUAAUGUUUCGUAUCCAUGAAGAUGGAGCAAUCAUUAGGCAGCCUUAAGAGGUAUAAAUUAAUAACAGAAGCCACGCGUGUUUAGCAGACUGUUGAACGUCUACAGCGACAAUGAAGACAGUGGUUGUGUUUGCGCUGUUGUUAGGACUGGCAGCUGCCACGGAUUCAUCCCUUAAUUUCACGGUUUUUGGUGUAGGAGACCCCGUAAUCUAUCCCGACCUGCAACGACACAUUGCUCCCUACCCGGGCGUCUUAUUUUCCGAACUGACUUACUACGACGCGAAACCCACAGACAAUUAUCCGAACCUCCCAGUUUACGCCAGUCCUUACACAACCAGCUACAAUCCUGUAUACAGCAGAUCUCCUUCCUUGUCACAAUAUUUCAGACCUUACAAUCAAGAAUAUUUUAAUUUUUAUGACCUUAUUUUGAACUCUGGCAUACUUAAACAACUAUAUCCCCGACUAAGAACACAAUACUUAAACCACUUCAGCCGCUUACAAACAUCACGAUUAGGCCUAUAUCCUCUCUUAAAUGUAAAUGGCCUUGUUCAGCAGUUUAACCCUUCCUACAACAGCUUGAUCUCGAAGAUAUAUAACAACUUUAAAAAUAUUCGCAAUGGACCAGUGACUGUCUUUGUGCAAUCUAAGGAAGACCCUACUAAACUAGAUGCUAUCGUCAUACAGCAAGGUCUCGAGACCCUAGGAAAGAGCCGAAACACAGCACCUCUUCUAGAAGCCAUUGAAGCCACCACUGGAGUAAAAGCAGCAUUCUUGUUCAAUCCAAUCAACAUCCCAGCAUCUUCACAAAAAGUAUCUGUAUCCCGUUACAUCAUCCCCUCUGGUAUGACACUGUCAGAAUUUGCAAAACUUGCAGUUCUUGCACCAGACACACCAUUUCUACUCAUUAUUGAUGCCAACUCACCUUCUGCCUCAGAAAUUAAGGCUUUAUACCAAACCUUCAAAAUUGGCAAAAUUGAGGUGACAGGGGACUCUGUCAAUGUGAUCCCUCAGUUCCCAGUUCAGACUGGACAUUACCAGCCACAGUCCCCAGUUUCUCCCCAAUUUCCAGUUCCUACAGGUUCAGUAGAAAGUCCCUUCUCAUCAAGCUCUACUUCUUCAGUAGCAUCUGGUUCCCAAUCUGCAUCACAGUAUACCCCUCAAAACCCUAACAUCAACCAAGCAUCAUCUUCACCUGCUUCAGAUGGCCUUAAUGUAAACAGUAACCAAGCUGCACCAACUUCUUCCAUUUCAUCUUUGUCUGCUGUGUGAGGUUUUAACCACAAACAAAAGAACGUGUGGACAAAUAUUUCAAACACAACAGGCUGCUUAUGAAUGAAGUUUUUACAGUGAAUCCAGAACAAAUAUUUUUUGUAAAUGACUGUAAAUCUACUUAAUGUGAACAAUAAACCUUUUCUGUUAAAACAUA